AUGCCGCCGAAGCUGGUCUCUGGCCCUGCGCCACGCGCUCUCCGACGUCGUCUACUACCUCCUACAACACCCUCUCCGAUAAAACCGCCUGUUUCCCGGGAACAAUACUUCGUUUCCCCUUCUCCGCGGACCCUGGCCCAGCCGCGACCUGACAUUAUACAUGGUCCGCAGUUGACCCGCGAGUCACCGACACUCUUCUCGCAAACUGGUUUCCGACCGUCUGUAUCGGAUCCUCUUGACGGGGGUUCGAAUCGAGAUCAUGAGCCUCCUGACGAGCGCAUCUUGAAGCUUGGAAAGACUCUCCGCAUCCUCUCGCCUCUCCUCCCCACCCUUCUCAUCAACCCGCUACCCCCGAACAUACUCUCCCCCAGCAUAGCCUUGCACCUAUUCCCCUCGACACACCCGCAUCUCCCCACUGUCAAGGGCCGAACAUUGUAUCGCGCCGCGCUCUGGACCGUCCCAGUAGCAUGGAGCAGUCUCCCCCUACUAGGGAACGUGAAGCUCCAAAUUCUCAGUGAGCGUAUCGUCCGCGCAGGAACGGUCCUCGAACCCGAACGGCCUGACAGCGACCACGAUACCAGCGACGAGCGUCUCGUCGUGCGCUGGCGAACGGAACCGCGGAACGAAUCCACUACCUCCUCCGACCCAGAAGGUUCCAGUACAGCGUUCACCGCCGCAUCUCCUACUCUACCUACUGAUACCCAAGGCACCAACAACAAUAAUGGCAGUCACUUGUCAUCCUCGAAAACGGGAAUCAACAAAGGUCUAAGCGUCCUGCUGGGUGGGGACGCUCCGAUCUUCAAGUUGAAGAAGGAAGAGCAAUUUACGGGACUAUUCAUAUUCUCCUUCGACGAGGAAGGUCGCAUUGCGUCGCAUACGAUCGAGCAUGCGGAUGAUGCGCGCGGAUGGAAUCGCACGCCUAAGUUCGUGACCCUGACUGACUGGUUGAUUGGGAAGGCACGAGGAUCGCUUGACCCUGUUGCAGAGCCGGGACUAGCGAUGCAGGGGUGUCAUUGGCAGGAUGGACAGGGGUUUCUUGAUAGGGAUCGGUACCAUCACGAACAUCAUGAACAACAAUAUUAUCCUCAUGGUCUGCGGUCGUAG